GAGCCACGUGGGACAGCCAAUGUUUCCCUCUGGUCCCGAUUGCUGCUGUGCCAGCCCCAUGUUUUUGGCAUGUAGGCAUAGACUCUGAGGCGGGAGCGAUGGAGUCGCUGAGUGGCAGGUGCUGACAGCUUCUGCAGCCCCAGUAACUGCUCCCUUUGGGGUCACUUGCAAUUCUGUACCUCUAAAUGCCACAGCUCUCUGGGGGAAGGUUGCGCUGGAUACCGGGACUGCCUCGGAAGACCGUGACGCCAUGGGCAACGCGGAGAGCCAGAGCGUGGAGCAGGCCCUGUACGGGGACAAGCAGCCGGCGCUGGGCCGCAAGCACACGUCGCGCUCGCUGCGCCUCUCGGGCAAGGCCUCGCGCCGGGCGCGCCACGCCUCGUCGGGCAAGGCGGCGCACCACCGCGGCUCCGAGGUGAGCACGCGCUCCAGCAGCACGCCCAGCAUCCCGCAGUCGCUGGCCGAGAACGGCCUGGAGCCCUUCGCCGCCGCCGAGGCGCGCCUGGAGGACUUCGGCAGCGCCACGUGGGCCGAGCGUGUGGACAUGGCGCUGCGGCCCGUCUCCUACCACACGGACUCGUCGGUGACGCCCAGCGUGGACAGCAGCACGGCGCUGACGGCCGCCUCCGUGCACAGCGUGCCCGACUCGGAGGAGAGCCGGCUCUACGGCGACGAGCCGCCCUUCCUGGCCGAGGCCGACGCGCGGGCGCUGCGCUACGCCGCCAACGGAGCCGCCUUCGCCGACGCCGCCGCCUUCAAGAAGAAGCGCUCCAAGUCGGCCGACAUCUGGCGCGAGGACAGCCUGGAGUUCUCGCUCUCCGACCUCAGCCAGGAGCACCUGACCAGCAAUGAGGAGAUCCUGGGCCUGGCCGAGGAGAAGGAGGCCGAGACGGCGCGCGGCCCCGAGGCGGGCGGCAGCCCCCAGCCCCUGGUGGCCUGCCAGCGGGCCAACUCCAUGAGUGACCUGUACUCCCCCAAAACGCCCGGGGCCACCAUCAAUGGGGGGCCCCGAAACGCCUUCGGAGGUUACUGCCGGAGCCUGGUGUCCGACAUCCCCGAGCUGGGCGGCCAUAAGAUGGCCUCGGUGGGCGCCGAGGACGCGCCCUCCUCCUACAGCAACUACAACACGCUGCCCUGCAGGAAGUCCCACUGCCUCUCCGAAGGGGCCUCCAACCCUCAGAUGAGCCAUAGCAGCAGCAUGCAAGGCAGAAGGGCGAAAACCACCCAGGCUGCACGCUGUUCUUCUACGAGACGGACGGCAGGUCUGGCAUUGACCACAACAGCAUCCCCAAGCACGCGGUCUGGGUGGAGAACAGCAUCGUGCAGGCCGUGCCUGAGCACCCCAAAAAGGACUUUGUCUUCUGCCUCAGCAACUCCCUUGGCGACGCUUUCCUCUUCCAGACGUGCAGCCAGACGGAGCUGGAGAACUGGAUCACGGCCAUCCACUCGGCCUGCGCCACCGCCGUGGCGCGGCAGCACCACAAGGAGGACACCCUCAAGCUGCUCAAGACCGAGAUCAAGAAGCUCGAGCAGAAGAUCGACAUGGACGAGAAGAUGAAGAAGAUGGGGGAAAUGCAGCUGUCCUCCGUCACAGACUCCAAGAAGAAGAAGACCAUCCUGGAUCAGAUCUUCGUGUGGGAGCAGAACCUGGAGCAGUUCCAGAUGGACCUGUUCCGGUACCGCUGUUACCUGGCCAGCCUGCAGGGCGGGGAGCUGCCCAACCCCAAGCGCCUGCUGGCCUUUGCCAGCCGCCCCACCAAGGUGGCCAUGGGCCGCCUGGGCAUCUUCUCCGUGUCCUCCUUCCACGCUCUGGUGGCGGCUCGCACGGGGGAGUCGGGAGUGAGGAGAAGGACACAGGCCAUGUCCAGGUCUGCCAGCAAGAGGAGGAGCAGGUUUUCUUCUCUCUGGGGGCUGGACACUACCUCCAAGAAGAAGCAGGGGAGGCCCAGCAUUAACCAGGUGUUUGGAGAAGGAGUGGAUUCAGUGAAGAAAUCUCUUGAAGGGAUCUUUGAUGACACAGUCCCAGAUGGCAAGAGGGACAAAGACGUGGCCCUGAGCAGCGUCCACCAGCACAACCCCGACUGUGAUAUCUGGGUGCACGAGUACUUCACGCCCUCGUGGUUCUGCCUGCCCAACAACCAGCCUGUGCUGACUGUCAUCCGGCCUGGGGACACCUCCAGGGACGUGCUGGAGAUGAUCUGCAAGACUCACCAGCUGGACUGCUCUGCUCACUACCUGCGCCUCAAGUUCCUGCUGGACAACCAGAUCCAGUUCUACGUGCCAAAGCCAGAGGAGGAGAUCUAUGAGCUGCUGUACAAGGAAAUAGAAAUCUGUCAGAAAAUUACCCAGCACAUUCAGAUGGAGAAGUCUGAUGCAUCCUCUGAUAUUUAUGGUUUCUCUCUGUCCUCGGUGGAAGAGGAGGGGAUUCGCCGCCUCUACGUGAACGGCGUCAAGGACACGGGCCUGGCUUUCAAGAAAGGGCUGAAGGCUGGGGACGAGGUGCUGGAGCUGAACCAGAGGGCUGCAGAGGAGCUGGACUGGCACUCCCUGUGCAGUGACCCCGACAGCUCAGCCGAGGUGGCCCCGGAGGAGGCGGAGGCGCAGGACCUGGAAUCAUCGGACGAGGCGGAGAAGAUGAGCAAGAGCACCGAGCAGGUGGCAGCUUUCUGCCGCAGCCUGCAUGAGAUGAACCCUUGUGAGUGCAGUGCUGCCCCCCAGGACUGCGGCGGGCCCCAGCUGAGCACCAUGAGGCAGCUGACGGACGCAGACAAGCUCAGGAAGGUCAUCUGCGAGCUGCUGGAGACCGAGCGCACCUACGUCAAGGAUUUAAAUUGUCUGAUGGAGAGAUACCUGAAGCCUCUACAGAAAGAAACCUUCCUCACACCAGAUGAGCUGGAUGUUCUCUUUGGGAAUCUGACUGAGAUGGUAGCAUUCCAGGUAGAGUUCUUGAAAACUCUGGAAGAUGGAGUAAGGCUGGUUCCAGACCUGGAAAAGCUUGAAAAAGUUGAGCAAUUUAAGAAAGUGUUGUUCUCCCUGGGUGGAUCCUUCCUGUACUACGCUGACAGGUUCAAGCUGUACAGUGCCUUCUGUGCCAGCCACACUAAAGUCCCCAAAGUCCUGGUGAAAGCCAAGACAGACACUGCUUUCAAGGCGUUCCUGGAUGCCCAGAACCCGCGCCGGCAGCACUCCUCCACCCUGGAGUCUUACCUCAUCAAACCCAUCCAGAGGAUACUCAAAUACCCCCUCCUGCUCAAGGAGCUCUUUGCUCUCACUGACGUGGACAGUGAAGAGCAUUAUCACCUUGAUGUGGCCAUCAAAACCAUGAACAAAGUUGCCAGCCACAUUAAUGAAAUGCAGAAAAUCCAUGAAGAGUAUGGGGCAGUGUUUGACCAACUCAUAGCGGAGCAAACAGGGGAGAAGAAAGAGGUGGCCGACCUUUCCAUGGGGGACUUGCUCUUGCAUAACACAGUGAUAUGGCUGAACCCUCCUGCUUCCCUGGGCAAGUGGAAGAAGGAACCUGAGCUGGCAGCGUUCGUGUUCAAAACUGCUGUGGUCCUUGUGUACAAGGAUGGUUCCAAACAGAAGAAGAAACUGGGAGGAUCCCACAGAGCCUCAAUCUAUGAAGACUGGGAUCCGUUCCGGUUCCGCCACAUGAUCCCUUUGGAAGCACUGCAGGUGCGGGCCCUGGCCAGUGCAGAUGCAGAGACCAAUUCUGUGUGUGAGAUUGUCCACGUCAAAUCUGAGUCUGAGGGCAGGCCAGAAAGGACGUUUCACCUCUGCUGUAGCUCUCCAGAGCACAGGAAGGACUUCCUGAAGGCGGUGCACUCCAUCCUGCGGGACAAACACAGAAGACAGCUCCUUAAAACCGAAAGUUUGCCCUCCUCCCAGCAAUAUGUUCCCUUUGGUGGAAAAAGAUUGUGUGCUCUAAAAGGUGCAAGGCCAGCCAUGAACAGGGCAGUGUCAGCCCCCAGCAAGUCUCUGGGGAGGAGGAGGCGGCGGCUGGCCCGAAACAGGUUUACCAUUGACUCGGAGGCCCUCCACGGCAGCAGCCCCGAGAAAGAGCCCGCGCAGGGAGGGGACACUGACCGCUGGGUCGAGGAGCAGUUCGACCUGGCGCAGUACGAGGAGCAGGAGGACAUCAAGGAGACCGACAUCCUGAGCGACGACGACGACUUCUGCGAGGCAGCUCUACCGGCCCCAAGCCAUGCGGCCACGCUCCAAACCAGGAAUGAAACGAGCUUGAGGUCCUGUCUUGUGAUAACCAAGGGCUUUCACACUACUUUAUUUAUUCUCAAACAAUCAGGGGCUGAAAUUGAGUACGGGGAGAAGGUAAUCACUGGAAAACAAAUGACUCUGGGUGUCUUAACCUCUGUGCAGCCAAUGGGCUCCGGCAGGAGCGUGAGGACAGAGGGGUUGGUGAAAGCCGUCGGUCGUAGGCUCAUCUCCUUCACGAGGAAACUGCCUUUUUAACCUGUACAGUCACAGUACUCUGACUCCCUUUCCCUCUCUAAAUGUAAGAGAAUAUUCAUGUAUUUUAGGAACGUGUGAGGAAAGGUUUGGGAUUUAUGUCGUGUUCAGUCCUUUUGGUCUGUGGCUGGUCUAAUUUAAUGUCAAUGUUGGAAGCUCUAGUUUUACAUACUCUUGUAAAGAUGCCAAACUCUCUUGGAAGAGAUCCAAAUUUAACACUUGAAGAGAUAUUUUUUUGUAUUUUACCUGAGAUGCAGGGGCACAGAGGGGUAAGAGAUUUAGGGUAGCUCCAUGUCUAGGAUACGAGGCUAGCUUUUUGCAGAGGGUUAGGAACGGUGGUUUUAUAUUAAAAUAUGAACUGGAAAACUCUUAUUUAGGUACAACUUUCUUCAGGAAAAGGUUUAUUGUAUAUGUUUGAGACUGGAGUUUAGUUAGCUAAUAAAAAGAAUAAUAAAUAAAAUGACAUGACUGAAUUGCAGUGGAGCAAAGGGAUCUGUGGUGUGCCCUUGCUGGAGGCACAGAUCCCUUUGCCCCACUCUCUCUGGCAGAGUUUGGGCUUGGGGGACAAGGAAUUCAUGGCCAAAAAACUGACCUCGCCCACUCUCCUACCGUGGGUGAAACUAGUGUAUUUUAAUUCCUUUAUAAAAGCUUUUCCACUGCAAUAUAGGAUCAGUAAAGUUCUACACAGGUAAACUUCUUUAACAUUUUAAAUCUUUUAUUUAAACAUCUAAAACAGGGUAAAAUGUGACUAAAAUGUCGUGGUUUUUAAGUAGACUUCCAAAUGCGAAACACAAAAUAGCACUUUUUUUGUUUUUAGGAUUUAUAUAGCUUUCCCCAUUGCAGUCUCACCUAUAGGAAAAAGAAAAAAAAGAGGAAGAUUAUAUGAAAUUUUGUUUCGUUUUGUCGGUAUCUAUUGGUGUUUGACACAUCACUAGGUACUUUGAGAACCUGAAAUUUUAUAAUAGCCUUAGGAUUAUAUUUUAUAAAAUCCACUCUGACUAUAUUUUAAAACAUAACAAGAAUUAUCCCCUUCCCCCCAAAACAUCCAUCACUGUCUGUGUGUCCCAGCUGGCAUCCUCCCCUCCCUCCCCUGGUUUCUGGUGCACUAUACUUGACUUAUGGAAGCUUUCUCUAGUAACUUUUUGCUAUCUCCUGGUUUCUUUUGGUAAGAGCUUUAGAAGAGUUUCUACCCCCUUUGUAUGACCACCUGGUUGUUUUUGUACCAUCACCUGUCGGUGUCCCACGUGCUGGAGGGUUUGGCUGUCCUGGGCUGCUCCCAGAGGAUGCAGUCAGCACUCAAAUACUGGAAGGCUGGUACUGGCAAGGUACCGUGGCUCUUGUACAUAAUGUCAUGACAUGUCUAUGUCAAAGGUUCUUAUAUAUUUCUUUUAUAAGCUGAAAGAAGGUCUAUUUUUAUGUUUUUAGUUCUAUGAAUGGAACGUUGUAAAUGCCUGUCGGAAAUAAAAUACUGGAGGAAAAAAGAACCAAAAAUA